CGCGGCAGCUGAUGCGCGCCGAGCUAGCGGGGAAGCGGGACUCUCGAGCCCGAGACCCAGAGUCCCCGAGCCCCCGUGCCGCCGGGCGCUGCGGGCCGGGACCCUGAGGAGGCCCCAGGAGAGGCAUCUUCCUGGCGAGAGUCGCCCGGCGCGGGGGGCGUCGUGGCCGCACCGUUUGGGAAGGAGGACCAGGAGGAAGCGGCGCUGCCUGCCAGUCGGGAGGAAGCGCUUCCACCCGCGCCGCCAACGGUGCUCGUUUAACCACAUCCGCGCCUGCACUGGAAACGCUUACAGUCGCCUGUCACCGGUUCCCUCCAUUUUGAAAGGGAAAAAAGGCUCUCCCCCUUCCCCUACUCUUAGGAGCUGGAGCCGGAGGAUCCGCUCUCAUGGCAUUCAGCCCUUGGCAGAUCCUGUCCCCCGUGCAGUGGGCGAAAUGGACGUGGUCCGCUGUGCGCGGCGGGGGCGCUGGAGAGGACGAGGCCGGAGGGCCCGAGGGCGACCCCGAGGAGGAGGACUCGCAAGCCGAGACCAAAUCCUUGAGUUUCAGCUCGGAUUCUGAAGGUAAUUUUGAGACCCCUGAAGUUGAAACACCGAUCAGAUCACCUGUCAAGGUAUCUUGUGAGUCAUCACUAGGAUUAGUACGACCUGGGGCCAAAACUCAAGUUUUUAAGUCUACAGAGGAGUUAUUCGGAGCUGGCCAUGAAUCACAAGAAGUUGAUGAACAGCUGAUAGCAGAAGUGGUUGAAAAAUGUUCAUCUGAGAUUUGUUCUAGACACUCAGAAAAUGAGGUAUCGCAUCAGGCUAUCCAUUCUUACUCUGUCAAGGAUUUCAGAGAAGAACCUGAACAUGAUAUUAGCAAAAUUUCAGUAGUGAGGCCAUUUUCAAUAGAAACCAAGGAUUCUGUGGAUAUCUCAGCAGCUCUUGGAACAGAAGCAGCAUAUGGCUGUGUAACUGCAGUCACAGGUGAGGCUCUGCCUUCUAGCCCGCCAGAAGCCAUCCAGGACAAGGUGAUGACAGAAGGCACCAUGGGGGUUACACUGGAGGCUUCCACAGAAGCUGAUCUAAAGUUUGGGAACUCCUGUCUGCAGCCUGUGCUUAGUAGAAGCAAGCUCAGAAAGCCUAAACCUGUCUCUCUGAGGAAGAAAACAAUCGGCGAGUUCUCAGAAAUGGAAACUGCUAUGGAGGGCAUGCCUCUCCCCCAGGCAACCUAUCCCGAUGAAAUGGAUGGGAACACAAAUCCUUUGCUAGGAGAUGCCAGGAUCCAGAAAUUUCCCCCUGACGUUAAGGAAACAUCAAACACUCCCAGUAGUGACACCAAUGAUUCAGGGGUUGAGCUGCUGGAGGAGUCGAGGAGCUCACCUCUAAAACUCGAGUUUGAUUUCACAGAAGAUGUGGAAAAUGUAGAGUCCAGGAAAGGCCUUCCAAGGAAACUUAGCAGGAAACUCGGUAACAAACUAACUGCCAAGGUACAGAAAGAUGGCAUCAGUAAGCCCGUAGGCGCCAAAGGUGUCGAACCACCUCUGGACCCAGCCACAGAUGAUGCUCCUCUUUCUCAAGCAUCUUCUAAAUUGGAUCCUAGUCAGUGGGAUAACCCCAACUUCAUUCGCUUUGGGGGCCACUCCAUGCUGCAGAACUCCCCUCCCCUCUCCUCUAAGGGCUCCUACCACUUUGAGGAAUCGGUGGAUCCUUUUAAACCAACUAUGACUUUAACAAGCAAUGACUUUUGUUCUCCUGAUGGUAAUCAUGUUAAUGAAAUCUUAGAUUCACCUAAGAAGGCAAAGUCGCGUUUAAUAACGAGUGGCUGUAAGGUGAAGAAAUAUGAAACGCAGUCUCUUGCUUUGGAUGAGCGUUCUCAGGACGAAGGAACAGUGAUCUCCCAGAUUUCAGACAUUUCUAAUAGGGACGGCCAUGCUACUGAUGAGGAGAAACUGGCGUCCACUUCAUCUGGUCAGAAAUCAGCUGGGGCCGAGGUGAAAGGUGAGCCAGAGGAAGACCUGGAGUACUUUGAAUGUUCCAAUGUUCCUGUGUCUACCAUAAAUCAUGCGUUUUCAUCCUCAGAAGCAGGCAUAGAGAAAGAGACAUGCCAGAAGAUGGAAAAAGAUGGAUCUCCCGUGCCUGGACUGUUGGAGUCCCCUAUGGAGAAAGCCCCCGUGUCUGUGGCCUGUGGAGGUGAGAGCCCCCUGGAUGGCAUCUGCCUCAGUGAAUCAGAUAAGACAGCCGUGCUCACCCUGAUAAGAGAGGAGAUAAUCACUAAAGAGAUUGAAGCAAAUGAAUGGAAGAAAAAAUACGAAGAAACUCGACAAGAGGUCUUGGAGAUGAGGAAAAUUGUGGCCGAAUAUGAAAAGACCAUUGCCCAAAUGAUUGAAGAUGAACAAAGGACAAGUAUGACCUCUCAGAAAAGCUUCCAGCAACUGACCAUGGAGAAAGAACAGGCCUUGGCCGACCUUAAUUCUGUGGAAAGGUCCCUUUCUGAUCUCUUCAGGAGAUAUGAGAACCUGAAAGGUGUUCUGGAAGGGUUCAAGAAGAAUGAAGAAGCCUUGAAAAAAUGUGCUCAGGAUUACUUAGCCAGAGUUAAACAAGAGGAACAGCGAUAUCAGGCCCUGAAAAUCCACGCAGAAGAAAAACUAGACAAAGCCAAUGAAGAGAUUGCUCAGGUUCGAACAAAAGCAAAGGCCGAGAGCGCAGCUCUCCACGCAGGACUCCGGAAGGAACAGAUGAAGGUGGAGUCCCUGGAAAGGGCCCUUCAGCAGAAGAACCAAGAAAUUGAAGAAUUGACAAAAAUCUGUGAUGAGCUGAUUGCAAAGCUGGGAAAGACUGACUGAGUUUCCCCUCUUAGCUCAGUAGAUCUGCAUUUGGCUGCUUCUCUCAUGACCACAAUUAUCUUGCCUUAUCCAGGAAUAAUUGCCCCUUUGCAGAGAAAAAGAAACUUUAAAGAAGCACAUGCCUACUGCUGCCUGUCCCGCUUUGCUGCCGAUGCAACAGCCCUGGAAGAAACCCUCAUAUUGCACUCACAAAAAGAGUGCAUCUGACAGCCCUAGCAUCUUUCACAAUUCGCCAUCGAUAGGUUCAGUCAGACAGGCUGCUAAGUUUGGGUUUGUGAUUUCUCUAUCUUUAAUUUCUUUUAAAGUCACUUUACUUUUCCAAGUGCGUUAAAUUUGUGAUUUUAUGGCUACUAUUUAGGAUCAUCUCCUGUUCAUCACCUGUCUGAUUUUUUAUGUGUGACCUAUUUAUUUCAUCUUUUAAAUUUAACUUUCAAUAUUAGCGGUUUUAUUUGAGGAGAUAAUUUGGCUUUUGUUACUUCCAGUUUAUAAACAAGCAGGGGCUCUGAGUACCCAUUUAUAUAUACAUAGACACACACUCACACAUAUAUUUACAUAUGCUGCUGUUUUUUCCCUGAAGCAUAGUCAAAUAAGACCUCUAUAGAAGAGCAUUUUUCCAUAAAUGUAAAGCCCUAUUUUGAAAUAGAGUCUUGGCUCAGAAUGCUAACUUCAGAAUUUGGGGGAAUUGAAGAUGUGAAGACCCCGGACUCAUGUCUGUCAUGACUCAUAACCCUAGGCUCAGGUUUCACAUCUAGGGAAGACUUUUCACAAAUGUUUUGUUGCCCUGAUAUUUGGACACCCUUCAGCCUUGAUGAAUGUGAGUGUGAGUGUGGCCCCUUUGGGCUUAGUCCUCAGACUAAAAGUGCCUGCUUUUUGCAGGAACAACAGGGUGGGGCUCCUUCAGAGCUGGGGUUUGGCAAGGCCAUCCUAGAGCUGUUUUAUCUCCUCUGCUUCCAUUUGUUAUUACAAAAUCAAUAUUUAUUCUUUAUUAUCUUUCUAUUUGAAAUAUGCAAAGAAAAUCUACUUGUAAAAGGUUUAGAUGAUCUUAUAUAAUUAAAAGGUAACUAGCCCCAUAAGCAGUUAUAAAGUGAAGAAACGGUUUUUCACAAGUGUGAUGCCUUGUUCUUCAGAUUUUUUCUUUAAGGCUGAAAAAAAAGUCUUUUCAGAGUUGAUAGAAUUUUUAACAAAAUGGGCAGUAAAAAUCAUGUGAACUCAUCCAAAAAUCAGCUCGUCGUGAAUAUUUUUAAACAACGGCCAUUUGAAUACUGGAGGAAGGAAGCGCAGGGAGCACAUCCACACUCACAAAACCAAAUUCCUCAAGUUAGUUCUUCCUGGACUUGGUUCAGUCUGGUGGGGCCUUUAACCCCAAAAUGGAAAGUUUUCAUGUAGUACCAGUGAAUUCCCUAGCAUUUGAUAGGUAAAACCAAAUCCAUGCAAGUGUUUUAAAGCACUCUUUUGUCUUAAUCUUAACACCCUGAAAGUCUUCAUGGUGAUAUGCACUAUAUUCAGUACAUGUAAGUUUUCGUACUUUUCUUGUAAAACUAUUGCAUGAUCCAACUUCGACAAAUUGUGCCUAGUGGAGAACCUUUAUAGAUCUUUAAACAUGAAUUUUUCUUUAGAAGUGUACUCUUCACACGGGUGCAAUCUUUAGCCCCAGGGAGGUUAAUAUGUCUUUUAAAGCCAGAAGUCAUGUUUUACCAAUAUGCAUUUAUCAGAAUUGGUGCUUAGGCUGCAUUUUAAAGCCUAUCGUCUUACCAUUUUGUACAAAAAAAGAACAACAGAAAUGAUCUAUGGUUGGAGAAAUGACUUGACAAUCAUUUGGGCUUUGAAAGCAGUCACUGUGGAUUAAUGUGAGUGCUGUGCUAUAGUCAUAGCAGCAGUGGAGUGUAAGUGUCUCCAAUUGGUAUAAUUGAUUUCCUCAUUCAGUCCUCUCCUUAUUAGGGAAAUUAACUAAGUUUUGCAGAAAGAAACAUUGCUAAACCUUUUUGCUACUGUGUUUUGGUGAGAUACCCAUGUUUACUUGUUUUAUAUUGAUCUGUUGGAAGCAUAGAAGGCUUAAAGUGAUUUCCAUUAUAAAUCCAUAGUCCUCUUUUUAGGCUUGCUGUAUAUUAAAAAAAAGUAGCUAUGUGUUAAUAGCAGAAGUGACGACAAUCCUUCCCUAGCACACUGGUAACAGAGACUCCCUUAAAAACUAGACCUUAGAAAGAAGCUGCUGCACAAGGACUACGAAAGGGCCCUUGUUAAGUAACUUUUGCUGCUGGCUUCUCAGCCAUGACCAUUACAAGAAAGUGUUCUUCCAAUUUAAUAGGUGGAUAUUCUCCAACAAGAAUAAAAAUGUAGCUUGUGCAGCUGGCAAAUCAUGAUAAUUUACUGGACGGAAUAAAGUAUGUUUGUUUAUUUUUCUUUAAAAAUAAGCAAAACAAAACAACCUCGAACUUUUAGAACUUGGAGAGUAAGAAUAUAGGCUAGAGUUUUGGCCGCUAGGGGGCCAGAUUACAUGUUAGUUAGCAGUAAUAAACCCUGUUACAAAAAUGAAAAGAGAUGAUGGAAGUUGCUGAUCUAGAUUGUGGUUUGGGAGUAUUAGGUGAUCUUGUCGAGACCUUGGAUCCACAGCCAUUACUUCAAUUUUUAACUUUGCCUAAGUGUAGAUAGUCUUUAUCUAAAAGUAUUUUAAUCGGAGACUGAACAAUUUGUCACUUGUUUGACUGAUCAGUAACAGACCUCUUGAGAUUUACUCUAUUAGGAGAAGCUCCUGAAAGCCAGUGACCUGCCCAAACCUUUUGUUCUGUAAAACUGUUCUGGAAGUGUUGAGAAGCCCAGUUUUCUCAUGUGGUUUUUAGCUUCUUCAGAUGCAGCCCAAAUUAGGAAGUGCAGAAGCAUGGUACAAAUGGUACAAAAUGCUAAGGAUCUGGCAGCCUUUCAGAAUGAUAUGGAAUCUAAGGGAAGAUUUAUAUUUGGUGUUGGGAGAUCUCUCAAGUUGAAUUUUCUUUCCAGCCAGUUACCCUUUCCACCUUUGUGCCACGCUUUUUCCACUCUUACACAAAUACUUAGAUCAUUAUUAGACAGCCCAGAGUUUGUACUGUUUGUAAACAGGGAGAGUAAACUGUCCCAGAUGUGCCUGGGCCGUCCAAACACAGCCAGUGAAGCGCUCACUUUAAGGGAACUAAGGGCUCAAUGGUGCCUCUCAAGCUCAAAAUGGAAUUUUUAAAGAGUAAGCAUUGGUGAUCUGUGUACACAAGUUGGAAAUGAUUCAGCACAUCCCUUUCUAGUGGUCUAAAAGCUCUAAAGCUCCCUUUUUGUUUCCUUUUGUUUUUUUUCACCACAAUUAGUAGCCAUCUCAUGAACUGUACACGACUGUUGUGUCUUCUUUGUAGUUUUGUGACCAUGCGAGCUUGCUCUUGGACUUGAGUUUCUUUAUCCUCUUGUUGGGAAAAGAGAAACUAGAUGUUGAAAGAGUAAAUAAUUCAGGCAAAGGAGUCUAAAGUAAAACUGUAUAUAUUCUGAAGAAUUUAAAAGAUAGCAGAUUAUUAUAUGCUUACUAAAGAACAGAUAUAGUCUGGGAAUCCCAGAUGUCAAGCCAAAGGUCUAAGAAGUCAUCUUCAAAGAUUUUAAUAAAGAAAGAUUUUGAGGAGACUUCUGUCCAAAAAGGUUUGGCUGGCCUCCAGAUUCUAGUGAUUUUUAAAAAGCAAUUUAUUAUUUAAACCUUGAGUCUUCCCUAUAGUAAAGGUAAAGAAAUUGGACACUUCUAAGGAUAUCCUCUGGAAGAUAAUAAAAAUGACAGCAUUUCCAGGGAAGACUCACUCCCCAGUGCCCAGAGCUAGCAUUUUGGAGACUAAAGAUUGCACUUUUCAUAGUUCUUUGUCCAAAUGCAGUCCCAUUUCUGUGCCUCUUAGCAUGCCAUUAGAUUUGGACAAACAAGAUUCCUAAGGAAUGACUUUAUUAACUAUAAUAUGGUUACAGCUAUUACAUAUAUAUAUAUAUUCUGAUUAUAGUUCUAAUAUGGAGAUGCUACGUGUGAUGCUUGCAGUCUUAACUCAUUUGGAGGAGGCCAGGCAUGGAGCUGAGAUGUGGUUUGAACCUUCCCUAUAUUGAUUCUUCACUUUAGAACUGUAAACAGUUCUCCCCCUCUGCCUUUUAGUGGUUAUAUGAAAUGUACCCCCAAAAUAAUUUCAUAGUCAUAUUGUUAAUUAAUAUUCUAUAUUUAUGAAUAAUUUUCAAGUGGACAUUUAAAAAUCCGAACUCAGAAACCAUCCCCAGUCCAGAUACAGGGCAGUCUGUAGGUCACCACACCCUCAGCCUCAGCCUCGGUCCUUCUUACCCGAUGGGAUGAGAUCCAGGCAUUUCUUUUAAAUCUCAGAGGUAGCAGUAAACCUUUCAGUGUUGCUGUUAGCAAGUGUGUGUUUGCCAGUAGAUACUCAUUUGUACUAAUGUGCCAACAAGUAAAUGUUAAUUGCACAUCUGCUUCCACUGUGUCCCCAUGGGUGCCAUGAAGUGUGUGAGGAGCCUCUCGUCUGGAGGAAUGAACGCUGCAUUGACUACUGCUAUCAGGACUGUGUUGUAUGGAAUAAUCAUCUACAUAAAUUUUAUAUGCACAGUAAUUUCUCUUUUCUAUGUCAGGUAAAUAUUUGUAAAAGUUAUACUCACACAAAUGAAAUUAUUAUAAUGAUUACUAAUAUAUUUUUUCCAUGUUUCAUUGCCUGAAUAAAAACUGUUUACCACUGUUA